AUGUCGCAGAUUGCUGUCCUCACGUGUGACCAGCGCGAUAUGCUCAAAACAUUUUUGUCUGCAUUUAAGAUUGCUCGCUCUGGGUCAGUGGAAGAACAGGAUGAUUUUUGGGAGAAUGUAUAUUCACACUGGUUCACGACUUGGCCUGAACAUACUGUGCACUUCGCAGACAUACCCGAUGAUCAAGCACUGUCUGGGCUGCAGGAGGCAUUGCUUGCUGAAGCUAUUCGAUGCCGUCGUCGAAUGCCAGGCAAAAAAUGGACCACUCCAGAGCAGGAGGAAUAUCUUUUGAGCUUCAUGUCCAAAUUCCGUGAGAGUGCCGCAGACAAGAAUUUCGAUGAAUUUUUCACGAGCAUAUGGGCUCUAUGGUUCGAAAAGUGGCCUGAGGAACAAGUCAUCUUCAAAGACAUGCCAGCUGACCAUGUUCUCACCCCGGAUGAAACCAAGGCUCUUGCCAAGGCGGUUGAGGUGCGUCAGCAGCAACUUGUCACUUGGUAUAGGUGGAAGGUCAAUCCGGCACGUCUUGGUCGCUCAAAGGGGGCCAGGGGUGUGCUGAAAUUUGAUGCCGUAUUGGGUGGAGGCGUGGAACUCAAAGGCACACGCGCCCCACAAAAGAUCAAUAUUUACUCACAUAAAUUCUAUGAAGCAAAGGUCAAGCAUACUGCAGACGCUGCAAUUGCAACAGAGAACAUUACCAGCAGAGGCCCCAAGCUGAACAAGCGCCGUGAGAUCACACGGCGUAUGUACUCAGAGGAAAGUGAAUCCGAUUUGAAGUCUGGGAAGACACCGAAAAUCGAUGACAAGACGAAAGUCAAGGCAAUCCGUGAGCUGGGCCCAAUGCUCGACCGCAUCCUCAAGUAUCUCGCCCAUAUUACAGGUGGCUGGAAGUUUACCGUUCUCAUGGGAGGUCGCGAUCCUACAACAGGAGAAGCAUCAGUGUUCAAUUACCACAUUGGCGAACUUCAAAGCGGCGCCCAGUUCAAUCAUGCUUACAAAGAUUUUGAUGCAAUGCAAGCUGCCUUUCUAGCGUUCGUGCAAAACGCUCUCGUAUUUGAAUCUACCCUACCUCAUGAAUCGGCAAGUGAUGAAGAUGAAGAGUCCUUGUCAGACUUGGACAGUGACGAAGCCAAUGAGUGGGAAAAGAGCGCUGGGGAGGGUAGUAUGAGUCGAGUCGAGGAUCUCCUGGUACCCGGCCUUAAUACAAGCGACCUGUAUCGAAUGACUCCCCAAGCCGAUGAGCAUUUUGGAGAUAAUGCAAGCAGCUCACAUACUCCAUUGGAUACUGCUGAUGCAUCGAGUGGGCUAGUCAGCAUGACUGGAGCAAGCGAUCAUUUAUCACUUGCUGCAGAGUUGCGUCGUGAUUCUCACUCUGCGGCCGCAUGGGACCCCAUCGUAGUGGGGACCGCCGAUUUCUCAGCCUUCGAUCCCCACGCUUUCACCACCACAGGAAGUGGGAUACCUGACUGGUUAGUGACCCAUGACACCAACCAAUUGUCGGAUUCACCUGUACGACUUCCCAAUAACCUCACCAAUCCAACAUCUCCCAGCAAGUUUUCGGUCGUUGAGAUUCUCAGUCUCUCAGACAAGAGAGAGUUCUGUGGACUUAGUCAAGGAGUGCUUUGA